UACAACAUCUGAAGCAUUGCAAAAAUUAAUUGAUCAUGUACGGCAUUGCCAUGAAUUUUCAUUUGAUACUGAAGGUGAUCGAUCUAGCAAGCAAUUAGCAUUAAUUCAAAUUCAAACGAUACCUCGACAAUUACCAUGUUUCGUCAUAUUAUUCGAAUUAUUACAUUUACCACUACAUGAUACAUUAAUUUUCGUCAAAAUUCGACAAUUAUUUCACUUGAUCUUUCAAUCGAACAACAAAUUAUAUUCGUGGGGACCACUACGAGUCGAAUUAUCUCCGGCUGUGAAUUAUGAAUUGUUCGAGUGGCCUAUUAAAUCGCAAAUAUUUGAUAUUCAACGUGACUUUAGUAAAUGGUAUACAUGGGCACUAUCUCAUUGUGAGGUGUGUAGCCCGUCAUUAAUUCAACAUAAUGUUAUACAUGAAGUUCGUUUAAAUACGAAUAUUAACUCGUGUUCAAAAUGCACGUGUCAUGAAGCAAGUCCUUAUGGUCCUGGAGAAAAAUGGGGACUACAGGAUGCUCUAAUUUACACCUGUCAAUUGUUUAUUGAUAAAUCAAUGACAGUCAGUUCUUGGGCAAAAAGUUUAGAUCCACUUCAUUCAACAUUAUCAACAACAGUACGAGCAAAAAUGCUCCAUUAUGCAAUUUAUGAUUGUUUUACCACCACAUAUUUAGCCCGUCCAGCAUCAACAUCACCAUCAUCUACAUCAUCAUUAUCCUCAUCACAUCACGACAAUAAUGAUAUUAUUAAUACCAACAUUAAUCCCCAAUUUUUUAAAAAUGUUAUCGAUAAUGAUUUAGAAUUUAUUUCUGAAGAUAGUGAUGAUGAUAUAGCCAUUAAUCAAUGCCGUACAAUGCCUGUUAAUAAUGCAUUAUAUGAACAAAUAUCCGAUGAUGAAAUUGAUUUCAAUCAUCUGGUCAAACCAAAUGAAUUCGGUUGUGCACCAGUUAACAAUGAUGCAUUAAAUAAUAAUGAAUUCGUUGUCAACAACCAUUAUAUGGUUGAUGAUGUCAAUGAAAAAGAAGAAAAAACAACAACAAAAACAAAAACACCAAGAAAGCAUCAACACCGAUCUUUACAAGCACGUCAUAGACGAAAUCAUCAACGCAACACGAUACUGAAAAAGUACCGUUAUCAUUAUUCAAUAAAACGAAAAUGGUAUCCUCGUUUUACAAUGUUCAUGGUUCGACAAAUUCUUCGUUUAUAUCGUGUUAAUUAUAAACAUGUUCGAAAUGAUGGGGACGAACUAUUAAUUGGCUUAAAAGAUCGACUAAGUCGUGAUAGAGCUCAUCAUCAAUUACCAUGGAGCAUAUUUAAUCGACACAGUUAUUUUUAUUAUCGCGACGUGUUUCGCCGUUAA